UUUAGUCUGUUACAAUUUGACAGGAUUGGCUUUGCCAGUAAUCUCUGAUAUCCAGAAUGUUUCGAGAGGAACAGUGACGUAUGGUAUUAGUAAAACAUCGACUUCAUUCAUUCAGUGGAGUGCUGAAAGAGUGACAGAUUUCUAAUAGCUCUGAAAUUUGUGUGUAUGUAUUAUAACCUUAAGUAUUUAGUCAAGGUUUGUAUAUAUAGCUGAAUGUUGUUCUGUUCAUUUGGAAUCCACCCAGGUGUUGUCUAACCCAAACAUCUUCACAUUUAUUUUCCACUUUAUGUGAAAUAUGUUUAGCAAAUGUUUCAUGAAACAUUCUUGAAAAAAGCAUAGUAUUCCUAAAUGAUCUCAUUAUCGACUAAUAUGUAUUUUCAUUCUACAAAUACUAGAGGCUUGAAUUCAAUUGAACCUACUCUUUCUUUUCCACGUGUUCUGGUGAGAGCUUCAGAGUCUAAGAGACAUUUUUAGCUUAGAUGGUAUUUUUCUACUAGUGAGCAGACUUUCCCUUUUGAUUUUUGAAAUACCUUGCUUCCUGCCUGCUCUCUGCUUUUCACAGCAAAGAAGCACUCCUAAUAAGUUAGGAGAUUAAAUUGCAGACUUUGCUGUUUUGAUUGGGAGUUGCUAAGUGCAGAUCUACAAAAGCUAUCCUUUACAAUGGGGAGGAGAGAAUGAGGCAGAGACCUUGAGAUCAGCCAAUCAAAAUAAACUGAACUUCAGAUCUUAUUCACUUGUAUAACUGUCUGUUUACUCACCACUCAUUAUCUGACCAUAUCACUUCUCUUUAAAACAACAUUUUUUGACAAAAAGUUAAAAUACUACUUUGCUGAUUAAUAAGUCACUGCUGCGGUUGAUUUCAGAUGCUUCCUGUCUGCUUCAUCUUAAUAUCAGUUAAACUGGAAACAUACAUGCGCUGCCAUGCACGAAUUGAAAGUGGCAGCAUGAAAUUGGUGUCCAUAAACAACUUGCAAGUUGCUUUUUAAACCGGAUUUCUGAGCCCUCAUACAAGUGAUAUUUCCUCUUUGUCUAUGCACAGUUGUCUUUGUGAACCUAUGAAAUGGCUGUAAUGGAAAUUGCAUGCCAAGGAGCUCCUGACCCUACCAUCGGGCACCAAAAGGAGCUUUCUGCUACUAAAGGGCUGAGUGAAACAGUGAGUGAGAAGCAGAGCAGUGUUUGCAAAGUAGAAGAUUCAGAGAAAGUUGCCUUCCACAGUCAAUGGAAGAUCCUGAAAGAUGUGAUCACCAAAGGAACAGCAAAAGAAGAGACGGAAGGGGGUUCUGCAUCCAUUUCCAUCAUCGCCCAGGCUGAAUGUGAGAACAGCCAGGAGUUCAGCCCCACCUUUUCAGAGAGGCCUUUCAUAGCUGAUAGUAAACGUUACAGCCGGUCAGACAGUCUUGAUCAAAUCCCGAACAAUGUGGCCCAUGCUACCGAAGGGAAAAUGGCACCAGCCUGCUGGAGGGCAAGGCAUCGCGGGAAAGGCAGGAAGAAACGUCGCAAGAAAAGAUCCAGGGUCAGAAUACAAACACUGGUCUCUGCUAAGCAAGGGCCCAGAACUCCGGAACAGGAAAGUUGUACACCGAUCCCAGUCCAGGAGGAUGAAACUCACCAAAACGCUCUCUUCAGUAACAGCUCCUGUUUUUCAGAACCUUGCAAGGACUCAAUUUGUGAUCAGAUACCAUUUGAGAAACCUAGAAAAGUUCUGCUCGUAGGCAAACUCCAUUCGCUAAGGAACCUGCACAGACCAGAACUGCACAAGUUGAUAAGCCCAGUACAGUGCCUGAACCAUGUUUGGAAGCUACACUGUCAGGGUGAUUUUGUGCCUCAGCCAGAGACUCUCCAUCCCUUCCCUUACAGUCCUCUUUGUGCCAUGAAACAUAAUCCUCGGGAGAUUAAUCUCCUUGAUGAUCGGGCCUGUGUGAAUGGCGAGCGUUGCUUUUCUGGCCUAAGCUUAGAAUGCAGCUUACCAAAAUGUGUCAGCCAGUCCCUGGAAACCAACUUGGACAAACUUUCUGUGGAAGAAUAUUUGGUGGAUGCUCUUAAGGGGAGCGUGAGUCUCGGUGAGCCGCAGAACUUAGCCAGCCUGGCCAAGACGUGGAGAGGAGGCGGUCUGGAUUUGAAGGAGCAGUUUCAAGAGACAGAUGACAAUGAGGGGGUGCUGCUUACUGAGAAACUAAAGCCGGUGGACUAUGAAUACCGAGAAGAGGUUCACUGGACCAAGUGCCAGGACUCUCUGGGUGUUGGCUCUUUUGGGGAAGUGUACAAAAUAGAGGACAAACAGACGGGAUUUCAGUGUGCUGCCAAAAAGGUGCAAGUCGAACACUUUCGUGCAGAGGAGUUGACGACAUGUGCUGGAGUAACAAGUCCCAAAGUUGUCCCUUUGUAUGGAGCUGUGAAGGAAGGUCCUUGGGUUACUAUCUUCAUGGAGCUAAUGGAGGGUGGCUCACUAGGCCAGCUGAUUAAACAAAGUGGCUACUUGCCAGAGGAUAGAGCCCUCAGUUACCUGGGUCAAGCAUUAGAGGGUCUGGAGUAUCUUCAUGCUCACCACAUUCUGCAUGGAGAUGUCAAAGCGGACAACGUGCUCUUAUCCAGUGAUGGAAGCCGGGCUGUCCUCUGCGACUUCGGCCACUCUGCUCGCCUUCAUCCCGAUGGCUUGGGGAAGUGCUUGGUGACAGGGUGCUACAUGCCUGGCACAGAGACUCACAUGGCUCCAGAGGUAGUAAUGGGAAAACGCUGUGACUCAAAGGUGGAUGUCUGGAGCAGCUGCUGCAUGAUGCUGCACAUGCUUAAUGGGUGUCAUCCUUGGACCCGGUAUUACAACCACCCUCUUUGCUUAAAGAUAGUCAAGGAGCCACCUCCUUUGAGGGAAAUCCCACCUUCCUGUAACCGUUCCACUGUCGAGAUCAUUAAAGCAGGGCUAGAGAAGGAGCCACUUAAAAGAGCUUCUGCGGCUGAGUUGAAGACUAAGGCUGACAUAGCUUUGCAGGAGGUGGGAGAUGUGAAGAACCCUUGGAGAGAAUACAGAGAACCUAGAUGCUUAUCUUUGGAUGAAAAAAACAAUCUGCACACCUCCCUGUCCCCAACAGUCAGCCUGAUUUCUGAGACUUUGGCUAGCCCUGGGUCAGCUCCUUGCCUAUCCCAAAGCUUGCAGCCACCAUCUCUGGAGCUGACCGAGAAGACUGGGGUAACCCCUUGGAAUCUGUGCAAGGAGUUACCUAGGAUCUGCGAUCCACUUUCCCUCUCCUCCCUGGCUCCUGUCCCCACCAAGAGCAGCAGCUCCUCAGAACGGGCAACAACUAUCUCGGAACAGGAGCUUCAGCAGCUGGAAAUAGAGUUGUUUUUGAACAGUCUGUCACAGCCGUACUCUCUGGAGGAGCAGGAGCAAAUGCUCUCGUGUCUCAGCAUUGACAGCCCGCUCAUGUCUGAUGCCAGCGAGAAGAACUCUCUGAAGGCCUCUCCGAGCCUGAGGGACACCAUGAGCUCUGGGGUUCACUCCUGGAACAGCCAGACCGACGGACAGAGCUUCAGCUGGAACAACCUGCUGUAUCGCAGUCGGUACACGGACACCCCCAGCUAUUUCAACGGAGUGAAAAUCCAGAUCCAGUUGCUAAGUGGAGAAAAUCUUCAUAUCCGAGAGUUCCACAGGACCAAGGUGGGAGACAUUGCUACUGGGAUAAGCAGCCAGAUACCAGCCUCUGCUUUCAGCCUUGUUACAAAGGAAGGUCAACCUGUUCGCUAUGACAUGGAGGUUCCGGACUCGGGGAUAGAGCUGCAGUGCACCCUUGCUCCUGACUGCAGUUUCGGUUGGACCUGGAGAGUCAAGCAUGGUCAGCUGGAGAAUAGACCAUGAGGCUCUUGGUCUUGGAGGUCACUUCCUUAUGUUGAAGCAUGGAAUUACAGAAGCCCACAACCAGCUUUGCCUGAUAAGCAUCAAAUGUAGCUAUUGCUGUUUCCUACUGAACUAGGAUUCGGGGUUCAGCUACUCCCUGCUUUAGUGCAUCAACUCCUUGCUGCUUGGUCUGGAUUCAGUCUCUAGACAGGCACUGUCCUCGUAGGGCGCUCUCUAGAGCGAGGGCUGUGUACAUGCUGCGAAUGAAUGCAGCAAUGAGGAACUUCUGCAGAGAGGAACAGGACCGUACCACUGUGCAUCAGCACUUUCCAGGAGAAUGCUGGGGAGCGGGCUGGACACACCAAUUGCUCAGAACUCCAACGUGAAGUCAGAUGUUGAACUCGCUAGAGGAAGGAAGCUAGGGAUCUUGAGUGUAGUAAGAUGGUGGAUGAGGAGGUGGCAAACUUCUUUCUUGGUGGAGGAAAAAUUCUGUUUCUGUAAGUUUUGAAUAGCAUCACUGCCUUUAAGACUAGAGCAGUGGAGGAAAAUAGAAGCUGUAACUGGCUGGGUUUCAGGGUUAUAAUCAAAUCAUUGUAUUCGGUUUCCCUCCCCAGCAGCACUCUGUUUUUUGAGGUUGCGGAUUCUAAUCAGAAAAGGAUUAGGGCCACUCUCCAGAAAGGGUUUUCCGUUCACCUCUGAUUUCAACAUCCCUUCUGUAGUUCUGGUCCACAGAGACCUUGCAUUAUCCCACUCUUUCAUUAUUGUAAGCAAUGUAUAUCAAGUAAGGGAAUACAUGGUCUGGAGGCUUGA